UGUGCCGCCGGUGCGCCACAUUCUGCGUUUUUUUUGCCAGUUGUGGUUCGCACGUGGUUUUCUAAUUUUGUUAUUUGCUCGUUGUUUGUAUAGAGAAAUAUUCUACUUUAUUAAAGUAGUGAGAUAAUUACUCAUCAAAGAUGAAGAUUCGCAAUAAACAAACUAAACGUAUGCCAGCUCGCAAAAGAUACAAAAUUGAGAAGAGAGUUCGUGAACACAAUAGAAAAAUGAAGAAGCAAGCCAGGGAAAAUGCUAAAAAAAAACCUAAGAUGAUUCAAGUGCCAAAUCAGUGUCCUUUUAAGGAAAAUAUACUGAAAGAAGUAGAAGCACUCAAAAAACAUCAAGAAGAAGAAAGACAAAAGCGGAGAGAAGCUGCUCGUGAGAAAAAACGUGCGGAACGUGCGGAACUUGCUAAGAAUGGUCUAGAAGGUUUGGUUAAUCAAGCUGAGAACAAGCAGUUGAAACAUAAAUCCACGAAAGUAGAUUCUGCCGAACAUAAAACAAAAUCUGGUGUCAAGGAAGAACAUUCACUUAAGGCGUAUUACAAAGAAUUCAAAAAAGUUGUAGACGCAGCCGAUGUUAUUUUAGAAGUGGUAGACGCUCGCGAUCCACUGGGAACACGUUGCAAAGAGGUGGAAGAAGUAGUUCGAUCCGCAAAAGGAAACAAAAGAUUGGUACUUGUCUUGAACAAAGCAGACUUGGUUCCCAGAGAAAAUUUAGACGAAUGGUUGAAGUACUUGAGAGGUAGUUUGCCCGCUAUCGCGUUCAAAUCUUCCACGCAGAAACAAUCAAAGCGAUUAGGCAGAAGAAAGUUGGAAUCGAAAACAGAAUCCAUGAUACAGAACAGCACCUGUUUUGGCGCGGAAUUGCUCAUGUCACUGCUUGGAAAUUAUUGCAGGAACAGUGAUAUAAGUGGCAAUAUAAAAACCAGUAUCAGAGUGGGUGUUGUCGGACUUCCAAAUGUAGGCAAAUCCAGCGUUAUUAAUUCUUUGAAGCGUAGCAAAGCGUGUAAUGUGGGUAAUUUACCAGGAGUAACAAAAGCAAUGCAGGCUGUUCAGUUAGAUUCGAAGAUAAAAUUGUUAGAUUGUCCCGGUAUAGUGUUCGCUAGUUCAGAGGGAAACUCGGAUGAUACGUCUGUAGCUCUGAAAAAUGCGGUUAAGAUUCAAGCAGUGAAGGAUCCCUUCACGCCGGCAAGCGCUAUUCUAAAACGAGUUUCGCGACAGCAAUUGAUGGAAUUGUACAACAUGCCGGAGUUUUCAACACCGGAUGAGUUUUUUGCAAUCAAGGCAACAAGAAUGGGAAAAUUCAGAAAAGGCGGAGUUCCCGAUUUGCUUGCCGCUGCACGUAGCGUUCUUGACGAUUGGAACUCCGGAAAGAUUAGAUAUUACACAAAACCUCCAGAACAACCAGCAUGUGAGCAUAUCUCUGCCGAGAUUGUGAGUGAGAUGGGAAAAGAAUUUGACUUCGCGAGUUUUGCAGCGGAAGAAAAAAUGAUGCUCGACAAUUGUGCCGCAGAGUCUGCGAAUGACACUACCGAUCCGUAUAGGAGAGUAACUACGGAUCCUGUAUUGAUCGAGAAUUCGGAACCUGUUACAGCGGCAAUGGAGGUCGAUACGAAAAAUCAAACGGAAUUUGAAGUGCAAAAAUCGAAGAAGAAAACAAAAAGUGCAAAAUCAGGAAACUCUGUGGAUAGAAAAAAAAAAUUGGACCCUCUUUUUGAAAUUGAAGGCAAUCAAAAAUUGAACAAACUCAGGAAGCUUCAGUUUAAGAGAGAGAAAAAAGAUCGAGUGAGAAAAGAAAAAAUAGCUAAUAAACUAGCGGGACAGCUUGAAGAGUUUAAAUUAAAUUCUUCUGAUGCUUACGACUUUAACACAGAUUUAACACUGACGUAAAAACAUAUGAAAUACAAUAGAAUAAGAAUACAAUUUAUAGCAAGAAGAUUGUAACAUUAUUAAAGCUGCUCGAUACUCUGAGCUGCAAGUCCGAUUUGAUAGUGGCGACGUCGGUCUUCGCGAGAACUAAUAAAACGCAGAAAUCACGACGUUUUGUUGUCACACCUUUUGCACUUGGAAUAAGAUAGAUACGUAUGAUUCAUAUUUUGAGGAGAAAAAAAACUGAGAUAAAAAGUGUAAAACAAAUUAUGAUGAUAAUAAAUACGUUAUGUGUA